UUUAUAUGUGGUUGUGUGUGUGAAUGUUGAUGUGUGCCAACUUGCCAAGCCGUCGUGUCAUCAUCAUCAUCAUCACUGUACAAAUAUAGUAUAUAUAUAUAUGACAAUAUAAUAUUGUUGUGCUAGUGUCAUUAUUGUAUUUUUUGCAUGCACACACAAUCAAAAAUAAAGGAAGAAAAAAAAAAACUUGUCUUCCGUCAGACACUCGUGUCACUUGUGUUUUACAAUACGCCGCGUGUUAAAUUUUACUCAAUUUUACUUGUAGACACUUGAGAUUUUUAAUAAAAAAAAAAAAAGAAUAUUUAUUCUCCAAAGUAAAAAAACAAAAGUGUGUUUAAGAGUUUGUGACAGGUAGAUUUAAAAAAAAAAAAACAUAUAUUCAAUAAAAACUAUUUACAGUUAAAAGUAAAUUUUUCAUAAAAUAAAAAAAAUAUAUAAAGUCAAGCAUGGAUUUGAGUUUGCUUCUCCAACAAUUCCAGUACGUAAUUCCAGUUUGUGUUGUACUGAUUGGAGCUAUUUUAGUAUUUUUAUUUGGCUUUAAAAAUGCUGAACAACCACCAUUUGCUCAACUCUCAGCUGCCCCAGACGUGGACCGGAAACAAGCCAACAAAAAACGGAGCAAAACCAAGGAUAAUAAAAAAUCAUCAUCAUCAUCAUCAUCAACAACAACGACAACAGCAGUAGCAACAAAUUCUUCAGUAACUGCAAAUGAAAAGAGUGCUAAAAAAUCAUCACCAGCUAAAAAAUCAUCAACAAAGAAUGAUGACGUUGAGGAUAAAUUGAAAGAACGAAAAGAUGAAAACAGACAAGUUAUUGCUGCUAACGUUGCCAAGAAAGACAAGACUCAAAUAAUUAAUGCUAAAUCUGGAAAAGAGAACAAGGCUGAGCAAACCAAAAAUAAAAAGAAUCUCAAAAAUCAAGUUUUGGAAAAGCCACUUGACUUUGACGAAGGUGAUUGGGAACAGGCAUUUUCAAAGAAAAAUAAAAGAUCCAAAAAAGAAGAAGAAACACCAAAAAAAAAUAAAAAAAAUAAUAAAAAAAUUGAGCAAAUAAAUGAUGCCAAAGAUGUCAAGGAACAAGAAAAAUCUGAAAUCAAGGAUAAAAUUGCUAAAGAAAGUGAAAAUAAAGAACUCAAAGAAAAAAAUAAUAAAAAAGAUAUAAUUGUUGAUGGCAAAGUUGAAGAUAAAGUUGAUGAAAUUAUUCAACAAGUUCAACAAGUCAAAGAACAAGUUAAAGAGGAAAUAAUAAUGGCACCAGAAAAAGAAGAAAAAAAAAGUGUUAAAUCAUCAAAGAAAGCUAAAAAAUCAAGUAACAAAGAUGUGAACAAAGAUGAAAAUAUUCCAGCUGCUGUUAUUAUUGCUGAUGUACCAGUUGAAACUAAAAAAUCACCAGCAAAAGUAGCUGAAAAAAAAAAUGAAAAAAAAACUGAAAAAAAAGUUGAUAAAAAAGUCGAACAAGUCAAGACUGAAAUUGUUAUUGUUGAAGCACCAAAAGCUCCAGCAAUUGUUGAAAAAACUGGUGCAGUCUUUGAUGAAUUGGAAGAUGUUUGGACAGAAGCCAAGCCUCAAAAAAAAAGUAAAAAGAAGGCUCGCAAAGAUAAUUGAAAUAUUUAAUUAAAAUGAAUAAUUAAUUUCAAUUAAAUUUAAAAGCAUCAAUGAUUGUUGUUGCUAGAAGCAGAUAAUGAUGAUGAUGAUGAUGAUGAAAGAGAAAAAAAAAAUAGAAACAAAAAAAAAUUAAAUAAAAAUUGAAAAAAUGAAAAAAAAAAGGGAAAAAAUAAAUAGAUAAAUAAAUAAAUAAGAAAUUAAAUGAUUUCUGAUUAAUUAUUAGUGCAUGAUCAGUGCACUUGUUAAACAAGGCUUGAUAAAACAAAUAAUAAUAGUAAUAAUGAAAAGUUGAUAAUUCUUCUUUUUUUAUUCGUGUACAUAAUUUAUAUCUGGAUUGAUGGAAUAAUCAUCAUUUCGCAUAUGAAUACAUAUAUAUUAUAUAAAUAUUAUAGAGGUAUAUAUAAAUUAUAUUUUUUAAAAAAAUCACACACACACACAAACAUACACACUCACCUUACAAAGAAACAAUAUCGUCAAAGUAUUGCUCACAGUAAAUUUAAAAAAAAAAAAACGAAAUAAAACGAAACGAAAUUAUAAAAUAUUUCAU